AUGGCUACUAGCAAAAAUCAAUCGUCCAAAGUAUCUACCUCGAAAAACAAAACAACCGACCAAUCCACCACUGCUAAUCUUGAAUCAUUUGAAUGCUUAUGGGUGGAUCAGAAUGUUGAUUCGACACAAGAUAAUCGAGAUACUCAGCAAGAACUUCAUAAAAUCAUCAAUCAUUUUCGAACAUUUGAUAAUAGUGAUGAAUGUGAAGAAUAUAUUCGAAAGAUCACUCAAGAAAAAGUCGUUCUCAUUAUAUCAGGUGCAUUAGGUCGACAGGUCGUACCUCGACUUCAUGAUCUUCCACAACUUUCUGCAUGUUAUGUCUUUUGUCAAGAUAAGAAAGACAAUGAACAAUGGGCUAGCAAAUAUCCCAAGAUCAAUGGCAUUUUUGUUGAACGUGCUAAGCUCGUUGCUCAAAUCUCUAAAGAUCAAAUCGCUCGAGGAAAAGUGGAAGAUGGUACUUCAAUAUCAGUAAUUACCUCUGGUUCUCAAUCUCUUCAAGCUCGUAAUGCUAUUUUUAUGUGGUUCCAAUUAUUUAUUGAAGUUCUUCUUCGUAUGCAUCAUAAGUCUACUGAUCGUAAAGAACUUAUUGAUAUUUGUAAGAAUAAUUACAAGAAUAACUAUGGCGAAAUGAAAAUCAUUGAUGAAUUUGAAAAGAACUAUAAACCAGAAAAUGCAAUAUGGUGGUAUACACGACAAUCAUGUUUUUAUAGAAUAAUGAAUAAGGCGUUACGUGAUCAAGAUUUUGACAUGUUAUUUGCUCUUCGGUUUUUUAUCACGGAUAUCGCCAAGCAAAUCAAAAAUGAAUAUGAAAAAUUUAUUCGUACGAGCGAGACUCGAAACAUAAUUCGAGUGUUUCGUGGUCAAACGAUUGGAAAUGAUCAAUUGGAACUAAUGAAAAAUAAUAUUGGCGAGUUUCUUUCAAUGAAUUCAUUUUUAUCGACUAGUCGUGAUCGAUCGACUGCUCUUCGUUUUGCUUGGCUAACUCCACUCAUUGAUGGUAUUCAACGAAUUGUCUUUGAAAUUGAAAUUGAUCCACGUUUACAAACCAAGGCUUUUUCUGAUAUUACUAAAAUAAGUUAUUUUCAACAUGAAAAUGAACUAUUGAUUAUGCUUGGCGCAUUAUUUCGUAUCGAAAAAGUUAUUGAAGAUAAAAAUGAUCGAAUAUGGGUGGCUCGUGUAUCUCUUGCUAGUGAAGAUGAUUUUCAUUUGAAAGAGACAUUUGCUCACAUGAAAGAAACCAUAGGUGAUGAUACUGAUCUCCAUUCUCUCGAUACCCAUUCUAUCGAACAUUUAUAUAAUAUUGUACUUGGUUCACAUUCAGUUACUUAUUUUUCUGUGUAA